UCACACAUGCCUAUGCCGCUCGUUCGACUUGCUCCUUCAAACGAAUUAGUCAUGAUUGAAUUACAAGGAAGUUUAGAAAUUGAUGAUGCAGAUCCAAAAGGCGGACAAGCAUUGGCAAAGAUUGAAUUUCAUCCCGGUAGAGAAGAUCGUCCAACCCUUUUGAUCUCUCAUCAUCGAUUGGAAGGAAAGAUCGUUUCCUUAACGAAACCUAUGGCAGUCUUAGAAAAGAAACAGAGGUCUGCAACAAAUGGUGAAGCUGCACCUCUGAUAUCGCUCAAUGGGGAUCGAGGAGAUGUACCCUCCUCGCCUACGCCUAUUCCUUUGGAUUCAAAUGAUCUGGAUCAGCCUAAUUCACCGACAAUCUCACGAAAGAGAGUGUGUAAUGGAACUGAUGAGGAACGCCAAUGUACUUCGCUCGACAUACCAAGCAGCAGCCCGAUCCCAAUGAAAAGAAUUCAAGGUAGUGAAGUAGACUAUAGCUCACCUUUACCUGCUUCCAAGCGGAGGGCAACAGGAGCCGGUCAGACGGCAACAUAUAUGGAAGUAGUUUGCAUCAUUCGAAAAAAACUUUUGUUUUCCAAACGACCAGAGCCAGUCGUAAGAUUG